UGCUAUGAACUAUUUAAAGCUAGAUCACGCUUUGGACAAACUCCACCUCAUAAUUUGGAACCACAAGCAUAACCCGUGCAAGGGAAUUCCACCCCAUAUGUUACUGGCCUCAAAGAUUUGAACUAAAGGGGAGCUGCACACGGUCUCAACAGAGCUGCAGCAGAACUUAAAAACCCAAGAGUACUAAAGUAAUAUCCAGUUUUGCUUGUAAGUAAUCAGCAGGGAUGUUGUUACUGGGGAGUAUAAAAGCAACGAAGAGGAAGCAGCUUUUCUGGACAAUGUUCUAUGUUCUGAGCUUGAUGGACAAUAAAGUUUCGGGUGGAAACAACCACAGCUCAUCAGUCACUACUUCACCUUCAGCGAUGAAUGCUACUAUCACCAGUGUAACACCAGCAAUAACAACUGUCACUCUCACAGAAACGAUGGAGCCUAAAACUAUUUCACCAACACCAGAAGGAAAAGCAAGUACUACUGAAAUGAGCAAAGUGACUGAAGACACCAGCCCUGCGACUUCCGCAGGACCCACCCAAACACACAUGGCUGUGUCAGACCAGUCAGUGUCAGUGAAAACAUCUCCCGAUUCACAGCCGAACACAUCACAUGCUCCUUUCAGCACGACCGCACAAGCCAUGACUUUGGAAAUGGUUUCGACAGCCACUACUACUGUCCUCACAGAGCAAACUUCCCACUCAGCUACCACAGGACCCCCACCUAGUAGCACAGUGAAGCCCUACGACACCUCUGCUUGCCAGAAUAUUAAACAUGUGAAGAAGCCCAAAGUGAUCUGCUUGCAUCUCAGUGAGCCCGACACAUGUAAUAAUUUUCUAAAGACAAAGGGAGCAAAUUUAAGUAUGGUGAUUUGUGACACAACCUCAUCCUACAAUCACGUCUCUUCUCCCCCAUGCCACAUUGAACUCGCCAAAUCUGAGGUGGAUCCUUCCUGCAUGCUGCUCAUUCAGGCUGGCAUUAAAGAUGCAGAUGCAAUAGACAAGCUCCUCCAAGUACGGCAGCCUGAUCUAAUGAAGAUUGGAAUAAAAUCCCAUCAACUGGAGAGUAUUGGACGCCACCAGAACAUUCCCCGGAACACGCUGAUUGCCUUGAUCACAUCUGGACUCUUGCUGGCGUUUCUGAGUUUGGCUGGAUACUUCCUUAUGAAACGACGGAGUUGGAGCCCCAGGGGAGAGAGGCUGGAUGAAGACCUCUAUUACACUGAAAACGGUAGCCAGGGAAAUACAGGGAACACCGUGGCCUCCCAAGAGCACUCCGAGCCGCAGGAGAAGCCAAAUCUCAACAGAGGGGCUCAGAAGAAUGGGACUGGACAGGCAUCCUCAAAAAAUGGACAUUCAGCCAAGCAGCACAUUGUGGCUGACACUGAACUGUGAAAUGUGCCAGGGGGACUGUCUUAUUAUCAUGAUUUGAAGGGGGGUGGGGGAGAAGAGACAGGAGCAGGGGGUAAGGGAGAGAUUAUCCCUUGGAUGGCUGGGAAAAUAUAACCCUUUUUUAUCUGAAGAACUCCAAAGUCCCACUCUGUGGGACUUUGUACGCUGUGCUGUACAGUGUUGACCUAUCCUAGCAAGGAGCUUCUAGGGGUUAAUACAGGGCUAGGGUUGUGGGCUAGGGUUCUUUGCUCUUCCUUUAGCAGAAGAGAAUGGGAUGUGAUCAGUAGUCAAACCACCCAAGCAAGGGCUGGGGAAGAUAUUUGGAAAUUCAGAGCUAUGUCAGCUUUGUAAGAAAUUGGCUUGAUACUGAUUUUACUUGGAAGGGAAGGGAGCAGGGAGGGAGUUUAAUUCUUCAUGAGCCGAUGGAGCAUUUUACUGUCUCUUGUUAUAGACACAUGCUAUUAACCUAGCUUCCAGGCCUCCCAGUGGAGAAUCAGGGGCUGUCUGCGUGAGAGACACUUCCAAAAAGUGGGGAAAUGGCCUCCCCUUACCAUCCUCUGAACUACAAAAGUGAAUGUCCCAAAACUGCAAGUCCCAUCCAUGUACCACUACUCUGGUUCUGUGCUCUCAUUGUUAUAUGUAAAAAAUAAGGAGUGCCAUAUAGCAACUGAAUUGCUUCUAAUGAUAUAUGGGCUCAAGCCAGAAAAACCUGGAUCCAGAUUACAAACAACUCAAAUUCCAGCAGGGGCUUGGGCCCAUUACAAUAUAGGGAUCUGGGUUCUGACUACCAUCACCUCCGAAGUUGUAAUGUCUUUCGCUGUGAUAGUUUGGUUUAGCCUCAUCUUUGUAUUUAAGUGCAGCCUUUUCCUCUCUCAGCAACAUUAGUAAGUUAAUGCCCCUUCUUGUGCUUUAUAUCCUCUUAGGCCUUGGCUACACUGGUGCUGUACAGCCUGCAACUUGCUGCGCUCAGGGGUGUGAAAACGCACCCCCCCAAGUGCAGCGAGUGCAGCGCUGUAAAGCGCCAGUGUAAUCAGCGCCUGC